AAUGCGUAGUUUGCGCUCUGCUGUCAGCCAACAGGUGGGGCGGAAAGGAAAGAAGGUAGAACGAACAAAGGCAAGAACGACGAUGUUCUACGGGUUAAAGAGCUUCAUAAAAUCUUAAGAUGAUUUAAGAAACAACAGAGGAGCCAAUAUGGUAAACUCAGGUGUGUGCUGUGCCAGCCUGAAGGACAGCAAAGCCCUGAUGAAGAUGGGUCUGGGCCUGGUACUGGUGGGUCAUGUUAACUUCCUGCUGGGAGCGUUGGUACACGGUGCAGUGCUUCGGUACGUCAACGUGCACCCCCAUCCCCGUCGCAUCCGGACAUAUGCUGUCGCAAAUGUGAUUUCCUUGAUGGCAGGCCUAGUGGGCAUCAUAGCUGGAAUAGCAGCUAUUGUUCUCUCCAAAAACAAGAAAAACAAGAUUAUGAUGUGGUUCUUGUUGGUGGUCAGCUUCCUGGCAGGCCUCCUGGCUUCGGCCUCCAUUGUUGGGCUGUUCUGGGCCAUGGUAAGGGCCAUCCUGUAUCGUGGACAAAGCCUGCUGGCACACUGCAAAUUCCCUGAUGCCAUCGGCUACUCCAGCAUAACAAACGAGUGCCCUUUUGACCCAACCCGUAUUUAUGGGACCACUGUGAUCCUGUGGGUGCCUCUCAUCCUGAUGUGUGUGGUGGAAGUGGUGUUCUCUGGACGCUGCUUUGCAGUCUGCACAUUUUUCCUACGGUUCUGUAGAAAGAAGGCAGUCAAUGCCAAAAAGGUGCGGAUAGGCAGAUCUGUUGAAAUGUCCUCAUCUCCUCCAGAGUUAGAACCAGAAAUGCCAGAACCUGAACCCCAGCCAGCAGAACAGCAUGAGCUGCUGGGGCCAGACUCCCCUAACGAAUUGAGUGACUGGGUCUGAACCGGCAAACCUACAUGGCUAGGUUGGAAACUUUUAUCAUUGGUGUCUCUCAACUCUCUGACCAUAAGAUUUUAUUGCAACUCCAGAGGGUGGAUCUGGAGUUUUGGCAGGGGCAAGUCACAGGAUUGGAUGUGUUUAACCCUGCAUGGCAUGUUCAAUAUGCUGUAUGUUACAAAAGUAUUGUUACAAUUUAUGAAAAAUAUAUUUCAGCCAGACCAACUUAUCCAUACAAAUGUAAUGCUGCCAUAGUAGUUUUAGAAUUUGGUUUGCCAGUAUGUUUUAAAACUUAACAGUAUAUGUUAUAACAUAACCGUUUUCCAUUUUAUACAUUUAUUGAUGAAAUAAUAGCGCCAAAACAAUGAAUUAUAAUUACUUUUUAUUUUAUUGGUGUCUAAAGGAUGAUCAUACAGAGUGUAGUCCUUCACAAACGAAUAUGAAAUAUUCAAAGCACUGUUGUGGGGAAAAAAUGUUUGUUGAAUUAUACUUAAUAUAUAUACAACAAUGAAUGUGUUCUAACUAA